AUGCGAGAUGCGCAGGCGAUGCCCAAUGGCACUAAGCAGUCCUCCAAGUCCAAGGAGGUGCUAGAUCUGACGCUCGACGACUCGGACGACGACGAUGGAGCUGUGGCGCUGCGCCCCCCCUCACGGCCCGGGAACAACGUCUUCGACUCUGGACGUCGUACAGGCGGCUCAUAUACGCCUCGACAAGCUUCUCCACCUCAGAGAAGUCCAGCGCAGACGCCGCGUGACGGUCAGCCGCCGCCCUCGCCGCCCGAAUCUCGACGGUCGCCAGCUCGAGCGAAGAAGGAGUCGCUUAGCCCGCUCAAGGCGACAGAACAGCUCGCUGCCACGGUCGAGUCCCCCGUCGCCAACCCUCACCUCCCUUCUCCUCGUCAGUCUCCCGCUCCUCCGCCCGCUCCCAUUCCCGCUCCAGCGCCAGGUCCGUCAGCCGCACAGUCACCUCCCUCACCUGUCCGUGCAGGUCGACGGCGUCGCAGGAUCCUCCCGCCAGAGCAGCGUCUGCAGGUCAAGAACCACCGAUGCCGCAUUCCGCCUCCUCCGCCGCCUUUGCCCGCCCGCGCAAACCUCGCAGACCUCGCGCUCCCUUUUCUCCUGUCUCGUCAUCCCCACAUCCCUCUUGUCCGCCCUUACACACGGCACCACCAUCACUCGUCGCGCUCCGCAAGCCCCGCCGAGUCCCGCACGACCACGCCUGUCCAACCUCCGCCCGAAGCCGGCCCUUCGUCCAUCGCGAAAUCGUCUCGCGUAGGUCUCAUCGACUCGUCCGACCUGCACUGGGCCGAGAUCUGGCCCGCCGUCGCCGACAUGCCGCAUCUCGAGGGUUCGGACGUCGAGUCUGACGGAAACGAGCGCGUCUUUCGCCGCGACCGCAACCCCGAAUACUUCGACACCCUCUCCAUCCCCUCGCUCCUACCCGGACGCCCGCUUGCGCCCGCACAGUUCGUCCCGUGGGCGCUCGAUGCGAACAACCGCAACAAGCCGGGGAUGCUCCCGAACCCUUACCGUCACAAUGAUAUGGACGCCGAGGACGACCGACGGGCGCAGGCGAAGCGGGAGAAGCUCGAGCGGCGCGCGAGCGAGUCGCGCAGGCGGGAGAAGGGAAAGGGACGGGCUGCAGACUCGGACGACGAGAUGAUGCCGCCGCCGCCGCCGAGCAAGAAGCAGAGGCGCUCACCGAGGAACGAGACCGAGGCGGAGCUGCAGGCUCGACUCCGUCGCCGGCUCGAAAUCGACGACGACACCGACGCCGAAGACGAGGCAGAGGCUAACUCCCGCCCGACGAUCGGCUUCGAGACGCUCGCCAUCGCUGUCCUCGACCAGCAGCGCGCCAAGCGCAAGAUGCGUCGUGCGAUGGGCAAGGACCCCGACGAGUCGACCGACGACGAGCAGUGA